UACAUAAGCAAAAGCCCUUUUUCGUCACGUUGCCUUUUUCUCAUACCUCUUUUAAUACACCCACAACGCCCCUCGCUUAAUCAUCGUACUAGAUUUCUGAUUUCUAAGUCUUUUACUCUCAGAUUCAAAACCUUAUUGACUAGAACUAGAAUGGAAGGUGGCAGAGGCAACAACUCCGGGCGUGGGCGUGGCCGCGGCGGCGGCGGUCGGCGCGGUAACUACGACGAUCAACAAGGAGGAGGCCGUGGGCGCGGAAAUCAAGGCGGCGGAAGAGGAUCGGAGGGUUCCUACCACCAGCCUCCCGCUCGCCCACAGUCGCAGUGGGUCAGUCGGCCUCCGCCGCAAGCGAAUCAGCCUCCGCCCCAGCCGGCCUGGGGCUACAGACCACCUGCCCAGCCCGUCCCCGUGGCCGUGGGUGCAACCAGUGGAAGAGGAAGGGGGUCCACGUGGACCGGAAGGCCGUGGGGAGAAUCUUCGAGGCAACCCAACCCUCUUCCUUCCCCUGCACCUGCACCUGCACCUGCACCUGUUCCGGUGGGCGCUGCUGCACGUGUGCGAUCUCCCACGAGUUCUGAGAGCGGUAAACAGCGCCAGAUUGAGGCCAUACGCCGGCCGGACCACGGCGGCACCCUUGCCGUUCGGAAGAUCAACCUCGUGGUCAACCACUUUCCGAUCUCCUUCGACGAAGCGGGUACCAUCUACCACUACGACGUUGACGUAAAGCCCGUGGCUGCCAACGGCAAUCCACCGGCAAAAAAAGUGCUCCGAAAAUCCGACUUGCGGUUGAUCAAAGACCUGGCAUUCCCCGGCGCCGAGCUGCUCAGAACAGUCUACGACGGCGAGAAGAACGUGUUCAGCGCAAUCCGGUUGGGCGAAGGACAGUACAGAGUGGACGUACCGGAGGGCGAAGAUGUUCGGAGUGGGUCCUACAUGUUCACCAUCAAACUCGUCAACGAAUUGAAGCUGUCCAAACUAAAAGACUAUCUGAAAGGGAACCUCACUCACGUUCCUCGCGACACAUUGCAAGGAUUGGAUUUGGUGAUGAAGGAGAAUCCGAUGAGGGCCAGAAUCCCUAUGGGUAGCAGAAGUUUCUUCUCAGCCCGAAACUCGGCCGACCUCCGCGGCGGCCUUGCAGCGUACAAGGGCUUUAUGCCGAGCCUCAAGCCCACGGAGCAGGGCCUGUCGCUGUGUCUGGACUAUUCUGUUCUCGCAUUCAGGAAACCGAUGCCCGUCAUCGACUUUCUGAAAGAUCAUGUCGGAUUUAGAGAGGUGAACGAGAUUGUGCGAAUGACGAAGCCGAUCAUCGACGCUCUUCGAGGCUUGAAAGUGAAGGUGACUCAUCGUCGCACGAAUCAGAAGUAUACAAUCGUGGGGUUAACGAGGGAGACUACCCGUAAUGUCUCCUUCGAAUUCGUUGAUACAGAGGGCAAUGCGCCUCCUCGAAUGGUUAAUAUUGUUGAUUAUUUUAGGGACAAAUGGGGGAAAGAUAUUAGGUACCUCGACAUUCCAUGCUUGGAUGUUGGAAAACCGAACAAGCCGAACGCUAUACCGAUGGAAUUUUGCGUGUUGGCUGAAGGGCAGAGGUUUCCUAAAGAGAAUUUGGACAAGAAUACGGCUGUUUACUUGAAGAAUCUAACCCUCGUUAAGCCUUGGCAGAGAAGGGACACGAUUUGUGAUAUGGUGCGGGCCGAAGAUGGAUCAUUUGGGGAGAUCGCUAGAAACUUUGGAAUAAGCCUUGAUAUGAACAUGACCAAGGUUGGAGGCCGAGUGAUUGGUGCUCCGGAGUUGAAAGUAGGAGGUACGCGUCCAGUAAGAGUGGAUGCGGAGAAAUGCCAAUGGAACCUUCUUGGCAAAACAUUCGUGAACCCAAAAUCUAUGGACUGUUGGGCGUUGUUAGAUUUCACUGAUGGAGACCGUUACAACAGGCUGCAGGCGGAAGCAUUUGUUAACAAUUUGAGGGGUCGCAGCAGGAAUCUGGGCAUUCAGAUGGCCGAACCUGAUGUGUAUCGUCUCACACGGAUGAAUGAUUUCUCCUCUGUUGACAGGAUCGAGAGGCUUCUGAAGGAUAUCGUGAAUGAAGCAAGCAGAGUGAAUAAAGGGAAGCAGCUGCAGAUGAUUGUCUGUGUGAUGACUAGAAGGGAUCCGGGAUACAAGUAUAUCAAGUGGAUUUCUGAGACGCAGAUUGGUGUGGUGACACAGUGUUGUUUGUCGCCAGCUGCUAACAAGGGACAAGAUCAAUAUCUUGCUAAUCUUUGUCUCAAGAUUAAUGCCAAGUUAGGAGGCACUAAUUUUGAAGUAUCCGGAAAGCUUACGAAUUUCAAUCCCUCUGAUCAUGUGAUGUUUAUAGGGGCCGAUGUGAACCAUCCUGCGCCCAUGAACAAGGAAUGCCCGUCUAUAGCUGCAGUUGUUGGCACGAUGAACUGGCCGGCUGCAAAUCAGUAUGCUACAAGGGUUAGCCCUCAGAAGCAUCGUUGUGAAACUAUCAAGAAUUUUGGAACAAUGUGUUUGGAUUUGGUGAAAGCCUAUGCUCGAAUCAACAAGGUUAGGCCGAGGAGGAUUGUGUUGUUUCGUGAUGGAGUUAGUGAGGGGCAGUUUGAGAUGGUGCUUGGACAGGAGUUGUUCGAUAUGAAGGCGGCCAUUUACAGCGAUGAUUACCAGCCACUGAUCACGGUAAUUGUUGCUCAGAAGCGCCAUCAGACUCGUCUUUUUGUUGAAAACAAAAGCGAUGGUGGCCAAACUGGGAAUGUGCCUCCCGGGACUGUGGUGGACACCAAAAUUGUUCAUCCGCAUGAUUUUGAUUUCUAUCUGUGCAGCCACUACGGAGGGAUUGGGACGAGCAAGCCUACUCACUACUACGUGCUUUUUGAUGAGAACGGCUUCACAUCCGACCGCCUGCAGAAGCUCAUAUACGACAUGUGCUUCACUUUUGUGCGUUGCACGAAGCCUGUCUCGCUUGUUCCACCUGUGUACUACGCUGAUCUUGUUGCUUACAGGGGCCGUAUGUUUCAAGAGGUGGCCAUGGAGAAAGACCCUCGAGGAACAUCUUCCACUGCCUCGUUUGAUCAAAGCUUCUACGAUCUGCACCCUGAGCUGUUGAACAAUAUGUUCUUCGUGUAGAGUGUGGAAGGAAGAACACCCAUGAAGACGUCCAAUCUCCUUUCGAAGGAGUUUGUGCGUGAAUCUAAUGGGGUUUGCUUCUUGUAUAGAGUGCUUUGCCUCUUCCAGGAUGCUCACAGGAAGCAUACCCCAUUUGUUUUUGCUGCUUUUCUGGUUUGCUAGUUUUCGAGGUUUUCUGCAUCUGUUUCUGUGUGGUGCUUGUUUGCUUUAGUUUGGUCACUUGGUGUGUGUUAAACUCGUGUUCUACUGUUUGUUUUAUGGUAUUUUGUUGUUGAAUAAAGAAAGUUGUGUUUUUUAA